AUUGACUCCUCCGGCACCAAAUAGCCAACAUUGAAAUUAGAAAAAAAAAAUAAAACGAAAAUAACAAAGAAAAUACACGAAAAAAAAAGGAAUGUCAAUUUCAUCGGCAACUCAAAGCCGCCGAUUUGGGCGUUUAUACGAGUCUCUCACUGUCUCUGUCUCUCUCUCAUCAUUUUCUCUCUCUACUUAUACUUUUUCAUUGAAGAAUCUAGUAAUAGUACCACUUUAUACCAACAAUGUCGUGGCUUGUGAAGCACGUUGUUCAUACUGGACGUCUUCAAUCUUGUUCGAGACUUCGAGCUUUACAACAUGCUGCCAGAACUUAUGCAACCUCUGGGAAAGAGAUCACGGUUAGGGAGGCUCUAAAUUCUGCACUAGAUGAAGAAAUGGCUGCAGAUUCUAAAGUGUUUUUGAUGGGUGAAGAGGUUGGUGAAUAUCAAGGAGCCUACAAGAUCUCCAAAGGGCUUUUAGAGAAGUAUGGCCCUGAAAGGGUUAUUGAUACUCCUAUAACAGAGGCUGGUUUUGCUGGUAUUGGAGUUGGUGCAGCAUACAAAGAUCUUAGACCUAUUGUAGAAUUUAUGACAUUCAACUUUUCAAUGCAGGCCAUUGAUCACAUCAUAAAUUCUGCUGCAAAAUCAAACUACAUGUCUGCUGGGCAGAUAUCUGUACCUAUUGUUUUUAGAGGUCCAAAUGGGGCUGCUGCUGGAGUUGGUGCUCAACAUUCCCAGUGUUUCGCAGCUUGGUAUGGUUCAUGUCCUGGUUUAAAGGUACUCUCUCCGUAUUCAGCAGAAGACGCACGAGGCUUGCUUAAAGCUGCCAUCAGGGAUCCAGACCCUGUCGUGUUUUUGGAAAAUGAGUUGCUAUAUGGGGAAUCUUUUCCUGUUUCAGAAGAAGUUCUUGACCCCAAUUUCACCCUUCCGAUUGGGAAAGCAAAGAUAGAACGACCAGGAAAGGAUGUCACUAUCACUGCUUUCUCUAAGAUGGUGGGCUAUGCUCUCAAGGCAGCUGAAGUUUUGGCUGAAGAAGGAAUUAGUGCUGAGGUAAUAAACCUUCGCUCAAUCCGUCCCCUUGACAGAGGGACAAUCAAUGAAUCUGUCCGUAAAACAAAUAGGCUAGUAACUGUCGAGGAGGGUUUUCCACAGCAUGGAGUUGGUGCAGAAAUAUGUGCAUCAGUGGUUGAAGAUAGCUUUGGUUACCUUGAUGCACCAGUCGAGAGGAUAGCUGGUGCAGACAUUCCCAUGCCUUACGCCGCAAAUUUUGAAAAGAUGGCUGUACCGCAGAUUGAGGAUAUCGUUCGAGCUGCCAAACGAGCAUGCUUCAGAUCUGCUAAGUAGUGCAUUUUCAGUAGCUAUCAAAAUUUUCAAAUUUCCUACACUGAUAUUGAUGUAAUCUAUUAUUCAUGAAUUGAUGCCGCUGGAUUUGGGCGUGGCUGCUUUGAGUUAAUUGUUGAGGGGUGAGCAGCUGCCUUUUUGUCUCCGAAAUAAAUUUUGAUAAACAUUCAUACGUCAGAAAUUCCAAAUGGGACUGACAACAGGGAUGAUGUUAGCUAUACUUUACUAAAUGGUUGAUUGAAUGUGAAUUCUGAUUUUUCUCGGUUCAAGUAAAUUUUGAAAAUGAUGGCACAUGUGCCAAGUUUCCGAUCAA